CAUGCGCGAACGCACAAAGAUGGCGGCAGUGCGAGCUCGGCGGGUAGCUGGUGUUCCGCAGCCCGGUAAAGACGUUCAACAAGAAGGGCACGUCACACUCAAGGGCGCUGGGCUGCAGCCGGGAACCUUCUGGCUCACCAGGAUAGUUCUGCUGCGUUCCAUAGCUUUCAUUUACUGCUGGGAGUCUCAGUUGCUAGAAACUGGGUUCCUUGGAAUUUUCCUGUGCCCUGUGCUGACCCUCCAUUCCAUUCCACAUCAUACACCACCAUCCAAAAUAGUCAUCUGGUCUUUCCGUUGGCUCAUUUUCCGCAUUAUGCUAGGAGCGGGGCUGAUUAAGAUCCGUGGAGAUCGCUGUUGGAAGGAUCUGACCUGCAUGAACUAUCAUUAUGAGACUCAACCUGUACCUAAUCCAAUUGCAUAUUACAUGCAUCGAUCUCCAUGGUGGUUCCACAGCUUUGAAGUUCUGGUCAACCAUUUUAUUGAGCUCAUUGUUCCAUUUUUCCUACUUCUGGGACGCCGGAUGUGUAUUGUCCAUGGAAUUCUGCAGAUCUUUUUCCAGGUCUUACUCAUCAUCAGUGGGAAUCUCAGUUUCUUAAACUGGUUGACUAUUGUUCCCAGUAUUGCUUGCUUUGAUGACUCCAAUCUGGCCUUCCUCUUCAGCUCACGAAAAGGCAAAGCCAAAGAUCAAGUAUCCAUGAUUCAGGAUAAAGAGGCAGUAGGUCAGAAACCACCUACUCAUUAUGGUGCCUUCAUUCGACGUUGUCUGAACAUCUCCUUUGGGGUCCUCAUUGCUUACCUCAGUCUACCGGUGAUUGUAAACCUGUUUAGUUCGACACAAAUGAUGAACACUUCCUUUAAUCCAUUGCGAAUUGUCAACACCUAUGGAGCCUUUGGAAGUAUUACAAAGGAACGGACUGAGGUCAUAAUUCAGGGAACAAUGAAUGUGGAUCCAAAAGAUUCCAGUGCCUUGUGGGAGGAAUAUGAAUUCAAGUGUAAACCUGGCAAUCUAAAGCGGAGACCCUGUGUUAUUAGUCCGUACCAUUACCGUCUCGACUGGCUAAUGUGGUUUGCUGCAUUCCAGACCUAUGAACAAAAUGAAUGGUUAAUCCAUUUGGCUGGACGACUUCUGAUGAAUGAUAGCCUUGUAAUGUCACUAAUGGAAUACAACCCAUUUCAAGAUGGAGGACCACCAAGAUGGAUAAGGGGAGAGCACUAUCGCUACAAGUUCAGCAGACCUGGUGGCAGCCAUGCUGCGGAGGGAAAGUGGUGGAUUCGGAAACGGAUUGGUGCUUACUUUCCACCUCUCAAUGUGAAAGGGCUGAAGAGGUAUUUUCAGGAGCGGAAAUGGCCCAUUCAAGGCAACCACUGAAGCAAUGAUUCCUUUAUGAGCUAAGGCAAUUGGCUUGCAGCACCUCAGGAUGCAAACAUAUAAUUUCAUUCCGUAAAGCAUAAUGACUAAUUUCCAUCUGACAGAAUCAAAAUGACUGGAAUUACAUUGUUCCCUACACAGUUAAUAUAUUUUAAUUGAAAGUGGAAGUCAUUUUUAAGAUCUGUGAUGUUUUCAGAUGAAACUCCAACAAAUCUUCAUACCCCAAUAUCUACAAUAUUUCCAGAUUUCAGUGGAAGUUUCUUUAAAGCAUUAUUUCAGGAAAUUGUAAUUCAGACCUAUUUCUUGUUUUCUUUCUAUGCAUCUUCACUUGACAGACAAAAAUCAAGCGGCUAAAACAGGAACAUUUCUUUCCACAUGUGUGAAGAGCUGUGUUGUUUCAGUAGUGGACUCUACAUCCUCUAUUCAUUUAACAUUCCACCAGUGUGCCUGUGGAGUGUUAUUUCCACUGAGUUCUCUGGGAUCUUUGACAUACAAUUAGACCAACUGCUCUGUGCACCUCUCUUCUGUGCAGUUUCCUGCACAAUAUCUCAACCUGUAAAGCUCCUAUGUCAAUCUUCAGAAAAGGUUUGGCCCAUUGAUUUGUCCCGAAUCAAGUUCAACCCACGGUUUGUCCUGGUGAAGGGUCUUAGCUGGAAACAUUGACUGUUUACACUUUUCCAUAAAUGUUGCUUUGCCUGUUGAGUCCCUGCAGCAUUUUGUGUGUGUUGCCCACUGUUAUGUGUGGCUACAACCAAGGAGUGUUGGAUCUAGCUCCCCAACACUCAAACCCACCCUACUACCACCCGUACCUAUCCCUAUCUCCCAACAUCUACCUAGCCACACCCAAACCCACCCACAUCUACCCAUCCCUAACAUUUAUAUUUCCCAAGUCUACUUCUCCAUACCCACACCUACCCAUCCCUUAACAGCCCAUCUCCCAACAUCUACUGAGUCACACCCAAACCCAACCACAUCUACCCCUUCUGACCCAACAACCAACCAUCAUACACACCCCAUUCAUUGUUUUAUCUGCUUAUUUAAUAACAUAAUUAAUCAAUUAUGCUGUUAAGGUGGAUUGUUGGGCAAUUUAAUCCUUGAUCUUGGCGAACAAUGGUUGAUCCCUUAAUAGCUUCAGAGUACAAAGUGAGAGAAUGAAUUGAAGUUGAACAUUGAUUUUAUUCUGGAGGCCAUAACCAUUCAAAACUUUGUUGUAAUUUGAACCGUCUUCUUUUAAAUGCAUUUGUUCUAAGUAUCAGUGAUUUAUGAUGUUGAUUCAUCUUUCUGGAAGAAAAUAGACAAAGAACUGCCUGAAGGUUGUGUGGUGGCUUUGUGAAUGUGAUCCCAGGCAAGCUAAAGACUCAACUCCUCUUGAAGUGGUUUACUGCUGAUCAAUCAACUCUUUAACCAGAAAUGGAUUUUGUAUUUUCAAAAUUAAAUAAAGGAAUUUAUCACCUG